AUGCCCCUCUUCCGCGACCCCGCCAUGCAUGCAAAACUUCUCCGCGCUCUCGAGCUGCAGGCUCUCCACUUUGCCCCUUUUUCUGCCGCCUCUGGUUCCUCCGCUCCUUCGGUCGAUGUCAUCGUCGGUCUCGAUGCCCGUGGCUUUCUCUUUGGCCCGGGCCUUGCCCUGAACCUCGGUGCGGCUUUCGUUCCCGUUCGGAAGAGGGGCAAGCUCCCGGGCCCUUGCGUCACUGCCAGCUACGAGAAGGAAUAUGGCGCAGACUUUUUCCAGAUGCAGGAGGAUGCCAUCAAGCCGGGCCAGAAAGUUAUUAUCGUGGAUGACAUUAUCGCAACAGGCGGAUCCGCUGCGGCAGCAGCCGAGCUUGUUCGGCAGGUAGGCGGCCAACUGGUCGGCUACCUAUUCAUUCUCGAGAUUUCCUUCCUCAAGGGUCGCGAGAAGCUCGGCGGUGUACCUGUUGUUACACUCCUCGAAGAAGCCGAAUGA